UUUCCAAACGCGAGGUUCUUCGCGCGCCAUGGAGAUGAAGGCGCUGGAGCGGCGGCUGGGAAUGGCGGCCGAUCGCGAAGUGCUGCGCAAGGCGGAGGAGCUGCUGCACCUCUGCCGGAUGGAAUUUGAUGCGGCGGCAUUUGGCAUUGGCGAUGUCUGCCGAUCCGUGCUCUGUUUCGAGAUCGCGUGCUCGAUGAUGCAAGUUCCAUUUGAUCGGCAAAAGGGAAUCAAGCUGAGUGGCCUUUCUGAUAAGGCUUACAAUAGAUCACUCACCACAGUCCAGAAUGCUCUUGGUAUCAGGACAAGCUUGAAUGUGCGCGAGCUCGCUGUGCAAUUUGGAUGCGUGAGACUCAUACAAGCUGUCCAGAGAGUCUUGGCAGCAUACAAAGAGCGAUUUUUGGCCACUUUUCCAGAAGCACGACGUCGAAGCGCUGAUUUCGAUCGCCCUGUAUUCACCAGCGUUGCGUUUUAUUUAUGCGCGAGAAAGCAAAAGCUUAAAGUUGACAAAGCUAAAUUGAUGGAGGUGUCUAGCACGUCGGACCCUGAGUUUUCCAACGUUGCCGCGUCUAUGACAGAUAUCUGCUUCGAUUUGGUCGGUGUUGAGAAAGAGAAAUCCGAAUCAAGAACUAGAGGAUGCAAGAGAGCUCUGUCGGAUGCCACGAAUCUCGAGGAUCCAGGCAGGACAACAUGCCUAGAAUACGAGGAAUGGAAAGAGGCCGUUUUGUCAUCCUCGAAACAAAAUCCAUCACCUGGGGCUGUCAGAGACCGAAAGCAAACGCGCUUAAACUUCGAAAGAAUGUGCUUUCGAUAUUUUGUAAAAAAGGCAAAAGUAAAGUUACUCAUUUUUAAAAAUCUUCUAAAUAAGCAAAUUAAAAUACCAAAUAAUAUUACUUUGCAAGGAGUGCCCUGUAGUACGCAUCAAGCAACCCAUCCUGUGGAUUCCACACGCAUCUCUUUUGAUUCUCAGGGGUUAACUCGUUAUCUUCCCGCCUAUUUCCAAACGCGAGGUUCUUCGCGCGCCAUGGAGAUGAAGGCGCUGGAGCGGCGGCUGGGAAUGGCGGCCGAUCGCGAAGUGCUGCGCAAGGCGGAGGAGCUGCUGCGCCUCUUCCGUAUGGAAUUUGAUGCGGCAGCAUUUGGCAUUGUGAGUGUGCUUGCUUCUUUCUUUCCGCCUGUGACUUGA